AUGGCUUUCUUGUUUAAAUCCAAAAAGAACCAACAAGGGACUGCGCUCCCUCCCGCGACGAGAAACGUCCACACCUCCGAGGGCUCUCCGUCGACCGGGGCCCCGUCAAUCGCCAACGGGGCCAAGACCGAAGGGAACGCUUUCUCGCAGACACCGACCCCCAGCAGCAGCUAUAACAAUUCCCUGAAUUCCGCGACGAGUCCCACCAGUCCGGAUAACGUGAGAAUGCGCCAGAGGGCGGAAUCAGAAUCCCAGGUCCAGCGGCCGCAACAGACUCCCAAUGGCGUAUCUCCACAGAGUCCCAACUCCUCACUCUAUCCGUGGUCACAACGCCGACUCAAUUUCUCUUCGCCCCAAGCUAAUCCCUUCCCCCGAUAUGGCGCCGCAAUCAACGCCGUCGCAUCGAAGGAAGGGGAUAUCUACAUGAUGGGUGGUUUGAUCGAUGGGUCGACCGUGAAAGGCGAUCUGUGGAUGAUCGAAAGCAGCGGCGGCAGCUUGUCCUGCUUCCAAGUUGCGACCGUCUCAGAAGGCCCGGGUCCCCGAGUUGGUCAUGCCAGCUUGCUUGUCGGAAAUGCAUUCAUCGUUUUUGGCGGUGACACAAAAAUCAACGAGACCGAUGCCUUGGACGAUACAUUAUACCUUCUUAACACAUCUUCUCGUCAGUGGUCUCGCGCUAUUCCGCCCGGCUCGCGCCCCUCUGGGCGAUACGGUCACACUUUGAAUAUUCUGGGCUCUAAACUCUACGUAUUCGGUGGUCAGGUCGAAGGAUUUUUUUUCAAUGACUUGAUUGCAUUCGACUUGAACCAACUUCAAAAUUCCUCGAAUAAGUGGGAGCAGCUCGUUCAAAACAGCCAUGAAGGUGGGCCCCCGGAGGGUCAAAUCCCCCCAGCACGAACCAACCACACAAUCGUCACCUACAACGACAAGCUGUUCUUGUUCGGAGGAACCAACGGCGUGAAAUGGUUCAAUGAUGUCUGGGCUUACGACCCUCGUGUCGGCACAUGGACUGAGAUGGACUGUGUCGGGUUUAUCCCCACUCCCAGAGAGGGCCACGCCUCUGCUCUGGUCAACGACGUGAUGUAUGUAUUUGGUGGCCGGACUGACGAAGGAAUGGAUCUUGGUGACCUGUCCGCCUUCCGCAUUUCCACACGACGAUGGUACUCUUUCCAGAACAUGGGUCCGGCUCCCUCCCCGCGAUCUGGACACAGCAUGACGGCUUUCGGCAAACAGAUCAUCGUCAUGGCCGGUGAACCGAGCUCGGCUCCCAGAGAUGCGGCCGAGCUGAGUAUGGCCUACAUUCUGGAUACUUCCAAAAUCCGAUACCCUAAUGAACUACAGAACGGUGAACGCAAUGCCUUGCCAGGCGGCCGUAAAGCGAGUUCCGACAAGCAGGGACCUCCGUCGGGCCGGACUUCACGGGAGGCGCAGAACGCAACCCCGGAUUAUCUUCGUCGGGGACCGACCCCAUCGAGCGAAAAUCUGGUCCAGGCUGCAGGUGGACGGCAAGGCGAAUUCGGAUCUAAUCCCAACUUGGGUCCAGGCUCCCGACUCCCACGAGCGUCGAUUGCUCAAGCGCCUUCUGGCCCACCUCCGCCAGGACAAGCUCCUUCUCCGGGUCCCCGCAGCAACGGACCCCAGGCUGCAUCGAAUCCUCGUAGCAAGACUCCCACAAAGAUCGACCGUGGCUUCACACCGACUGUGGAUGUUCGCAUUGCCAAUGCUGAUCGAAACGUUGAGUCGCCUGUUGCCAAGGAUGGCCCGCAGGACGGCCCAGGUUCUUCUGGUCAACGGACUCCAACUCAUCAACAACAAAAGAUCGCGGCGAAAGCCAUGGAAGCUGGCGAAGCGGCUCCCAUGAUUACUACUCCGGCUCGCCAACGGUCGUUGCAAAAGCAUCGAACACGCAGUUCCGUUGAUAGUGCCGAGGAAUCGGUGCUUGGUGCCCGCCAAGUGAGCAUUGAUGGCUCUGUAGAGUCUCGCAGUUUCCGCAACUCUCGAAAUUUUGGAGACGAGCCGCGGUCACCAAGGCUGACGCCUCACCAAGAGGCAUUGAUCAAGGAAUUGGAAUCUACAAAGGCGCGGAACGCUUGGUACGUGUCCGAGUUGGCAUUGGCGAAAAAGGCUGGCUACAUCCCCAAUGCAUCCAGCAGUCCUAUGUUGGAUGAGCGUGCUAGGGAGUUCUUCAAUGACGAGGACCGUCCUCUCCUUGAGGCCUUCCUCCAAAUGCGAGAGAACCUUGCCAAGAUGCAGGCAACCGUGGAUCGCCAAGCAUCCAUUGCUUCCAAGCGGAUUGCCGAAGUAGAACAUCAGCGCGAUGUGGCUGUCAACGAGGCCGCUUAUUCGCGAGCGAGACUCGCCGCUCACGGCGGUAGUCAACGAAGCACCCCGCAGCCCGAAAGCUCCCGUAAUGGGGAGGAUGGCGCUGAGCGUCCUACCGAUAUGGGCCGUCGCCUUGCAUUAGCACUGGCUUCCCAGUCCGAACUCAAGGCCAAGCUGGAUGUACUAUCGACCGAGCUUUUGCAGGAGAAACGAGCUAAGGAGUUGGCCGAGGACACCAACGAAGCCACACGAAAACGUUUGGCAGAGCUUGAGAUGUCUAACAACGCCCUGGAGGCUGAGAACCUGCGUGCUGAACUUCACCGUGCCGAGGCCUCUGCUAGACAAGAGUCCUUGAUGCGCUCUGAGGCAGAGGCAGCCUUGAAGCAGCUCAGCUUGGACAAAGAAGAGCUGCUGAAGCAGAUUGAGGAUUCUUCCGGUCGUUUGAAGGACUUUGGUACCAACUUUGGCAGCUUGCGUGAAGCUGUUGCCGCUUCCGCUUCUAAGACAGCAAUUGUUGAGAGGCAGCUGGAGGAGGAGAGAGAGCGCCGUGAGGGAUUGGAGAGGAAACUCUUGCAGCUCCGAUCUGAACACGAGGAGCGCACCACGGAGUUGGAGAACACCACUCGUCGCCUGCGUGAUGCGGAGGAACUGGCCGAGAGCCAUGCGAAGGAGGCAGAGACUCACAAGCUGGCCUUUGUUUCAGGUCUCGAGCGUGCAUCAUCUACUGAUCUGGAAGCAUCAAUCCGGUCCCGCGCCGACCAGAGAGUGGCCGCUUUAGAGACCCAGAUUGAGAGAUCUACUGCUUUGGCCAAGGCAAACCAGGCAGCUGCUGAUGCAGCUGCAGACAAGUUGAGACGUGCCGAAGAACGUAUUGCCGGUCUUGAGGCGUAUCAAGAGCAGGCUAGCCGCGAGGGUUUGCAAUUGCGGAGGCAGCUCCAGACCGCCAUGAAGGAAAGCCAGGCCGCCACCGCGGAAAGCCGCGAUUUGAAGGCCCAGCUCGAAUCCCACCAGCGGGAGGCUGGCGCAUUGAAUAUUCAACAUGCCGCUCUGAAGGAUCUCCUCGGUGAACGAGGCGUGAAUGCGGAUAGCAGACGUUCUCCCCGCCUCGAAUCGCCAGGAUCACGCUUUGGAACUCCCGAGCAAGGUCGACUGCGCGAACUUGAGCAACAACUUUCCGCCAGUCUGAAGGCACACGAAGACAUGAAGUCCACUUUCGAAUCUCGUGAGCAAGAGGCCGAUAAGGUGUUCCGUGAGAAGCUGGAGCAGCUCGAAAACGACUACCAAUCGGCGGUCCACUACGUCAAAGGCACUGAGAAGAUGCUGAAGCGCAUGAAGGAUGAGUUGAGCCGAUACAAGUCUCAGAAUGCUAAACUGCACUCUGAACUCGAGGUUGCCCAGAAGAGCCUGGAGAGCGCUGGGAGUCAGAAGGAUGCCUCUAGUGCGUGGGAGGCUGAACGUACCCGGCUUCAGAAGUCGAUAUCCGACCUGGAGCAGAACACCUCACAUUCGCUGGAGAACCUAGAGAGCCAGGUUUCGGAGCUAAAACAGGAGCUUGCCGCCGCAGAGGCUGAGAAGGAGAAAUCUCAGACUGAGCACGAGCGUCUUAAGCAAGAACUGCUCUCUGCUGCCGGACGGAGCCGUGCCGAGCUUGAUCAGCUCAAGCAAGAGAACGCCCACCUAGAGACUCGGGCUGCAGAUGCAGAGCAGAAGGUCAACAUGCUCCUGGAACAGGUUGAAACGUCGGUGGGACAUUACCGCCGGCAGUCUCAACACGCUCCGGGUGCCAAUGGCAUCACUCGCAGCCACAGCAAUGCCUCCAGUAACACGGCCGGAGGACGACCCCGCGCCGACAGCAAUGUCUCCCAGGAGUCCACCUCUUUUCCUGACAACCGUGGCUCCAUGGCCUUGGACUCUCUCGCCAACGAGCUCGAGGCCCUUCGCACCCAUUGGGAAAGCACCAACCGCAACUACCGUCUUAGCAGCCAGCUGGAUAUGGAUCGAACCCCGACCAAGGACACCAGCGACGGGCCUGCCAUGAUGAAUGACAGCCUGGCGGAGUGGCGCCGGCGACUGGAUGAGGAGGAACGGACCGGGGCCCCCAGUCAAAGCAAGCCGGUGGCCUCCGGCAACGGUGCCUCGAUGAUUUGA